ACCAAAUUCAUUUCAGGAAAAAUCAUCCCCGCCAUGAUCACAACAACCGCAGUCGUUUCUGGACUCCAGUGCAUUGAGUUGUACAAGAUCUUGCUUAAGAAGCCAUUCUCGUGCUACCACAACUCCUUCUUGAACUUGGCAAUUGGGUACUUGGACUCAACAGAACCAGAAAAGGUUGUAACAAAGAAACUUUGCGAAGGAAUGGAAGUGACGAUUUGGGACAAAUUUGAGUUCAAUGGGAAUUGCACGAUGCAAGAGUUUGUCGACCUCAUAUUCAAGAAGUUCUCUGUGAACGUCGAGAGUGUCACUGUUGGUGUCAAAAUGUUAUACACAUCAUACUUACCUACCGGAAAGGCUAGACUUGGGAAAACAAUCAAAGAGAUAUACAAGGAGUUGUUUGGAGAAGACUUUAAAGCAGAAGCUAUGACACUUGCCCUCACUGUAACAGACAAGAAUGGAGAUGACUUGCCCGAUGAUGUCGAAUUCCCAGACGUUAUAUUGACGUUCUAA